UUUACACUUUAGCUUUCUAAACAACAUGAAGUGGUUAGUGAUACUUCUCAUGUUCAGCCAUAGUUCAUCUGCAGAAACACACUUUCUGAAGAUUUACUUCACUGGAUCCUCUGGGCUCACAAACUUCCCUCCAUUUGAAAUUCUCGGAAGAUUAGAUGACAUCGAGAUAGCUUAUUGUAACAAGAAAAUAAUUGAUGUAAAAUUAGACUGGGUGCAGAAAGCAUUUACUGAUGAUCCAAAACUAUUUGAGUUUGUCAAAAGUGCUUGUUUCAUCAGUAAUCCUGCCUUCUUUACAUAUAUAAUCGCUGAGCUUAUGAAGAACUUCAAUCAAACUGAAGGUAGCCAUACUCUCCAGAGGGUAGGAGGCUGUGAACUGAACAUUGAAACUAAAGCAUUUAAGGGCUUUUUGAAGUACGGUUAUGAUGGAGAAGACUUUCUUGAAUUUGACUUAAAUGGACUGAAAUGGAUUGCUCUGAGAAAAGAGGCUGUUUUUCUCAAACUGCUUUGGGAUACGGAUACACAAGAUCUCGAAUUUCACCAUUAUCUGCUCACAGAUCUAUGCUAUGGGGCUUUUAAUGCCUCGUUGGUCUCUGGACAAAGCUCUUUGUUUAAAACAGAUCACCCCUCAGUGUCUCUCCUUCAGAAGACUCCCUCCUCUCCANCCCCCUCUAUUCUCAAAUAUUAUAUUUUACCCUCAGUGUUUCUCCUCCAGAAAACACCUGCCUCUCYUGUCAGCUGCCAUGCAACAGGUUUCUAUCCUAAUAAAGCUGUCAUAUUCUGGAGUAGAGAUGGAGAAAAGAUACAUGAGAAUGUUGACCCCUUUGAGUUUCUCCCCAACAAUGAUGGGACAUUUCAAAUGACUGUCAACCUGAAUGUUUCGUCAUUCAAGAGUGAAGACUGGAGUAGGUUUAACUGCAUUUUUCAGUUUUCCAAUUUUCAGGAAAACAUAACCAUCGCACUGGAUAAAGCCAUUAUCAAGACAAAUUAUGUUUCAGCAGGUGGCUUCUUAAGGAUAUUUGUGGUACCUGUCACUGGAGCUUCUUUUCUUCUGGCGYUUUCUGUAUUUUGGACUAAAAUAAGGAAAUGGUAA